CCCCGCGGGGCCGCGCAGGCGCGGUGCGCGCGGCCAAGAUGGCGCUGCUGCGGCAGGUGUACGGGGCGCUCUUCCGCCGCACCUCCACUUUCGCGCUGUCCGUCGUGCUGGGCGCCGUCCUGUUCGAGCGCGCCUUCGACCAGGGCGCCGACGCACUCUUCGAGCAGCUCAACGAGGGGAAACUGUGGAAACACAUCAAGCACAAGUAUGAGAACUGAGCAGCUCAGCAGCAGGAGCCAGGAAGGAGCAGGGAAGGAUUUGGCCUCCUGAAACUGGGAAUGGAUUCCUGAUGGAACAACUCCAAGCCAGAGUGUAUCAGCCCCCCCCUGAGCUGAUGUGAGGCAGGAUGGACUCGGGGGUGCUGCUGCUGCUGUUCUUGACUCACAGUGUUCAAAUAAAACUCUGGUCCUUGUCUCGUG